AUGCUUUUUAUUCUUGCAGAGGAGGUGUUGUGCAAUGGUUUGAAUGGUCUGUUGAAGGAGGGGAAAUUAAAGGCUCUCCCUAGUCUGAGAGGGGUGAGUGUUCCUAGUCAUCUGCUAUUCGCAGAUGACAUAUUUAUCUUCAUGAACGCUGCAGCGAAGCAUGUUCUCUGUUUAAGAGAUUUUCUGCUCAAAUACCAAGAGUUUUCUGAUCAAAGUUUUAACUUGGAUAAAAGUAAAAUAUUCUUUGGUAAAGUUGCGCCUCACUGGAAGAGAUUUAUUGCUAAUUUGCUAAACAUCCCCAUUUGUUCUCUACCAACAAGGUAUCUUGGGUUAGAGAUCUUCAAAGGAGUUGUUAAGAAGGAUAGGAUACUACAUCUGAUGGACAAGAUAAAAGCUCGUUUGCAGGGAUGGAGGGGCAAGCUACUAUCUAUGGCGGGUCGGGUAGAAUUGAUUCGGUCUGUGUUCUCAGGCAUGCCAAUUCAUAACUUUUCAGUUUAUUGGUGGCCUGAAUCUGUGAUCAAAACAGUGGAGAGAUGGAUGAGAAACUUCCUGUGGUCAGGGGAUAUUGACACAGUGAAGAAAAUCUCUGUGAAAUGGGAAGAAGUGUGUAGGCCGAAGGCGAAGGGAGGUUUAAGUAUCAGAAGAUUAAGGGAUGUGAACUGUGCAGGGCUCAGCAAACUUGUAUGGCAAAUGAAACAUGAAAAAACUGCCUUUAGUAGUUUCUUAUGGGCGAGGUUUGUGAAUAAAGGUGGAAAUCUCAAGAAGGGAUAUAAAUCCUCCUCUGUGUUAAAAGGUAUUGCCAAGAUGUGA